UUCGCCAGAAAUUCACUUUAUUUUCUUUUGUCAAUAUGGCUUAGAUCGUUUAUUUUAAAUCAGUUAUUCGUAAAAUGCUUCUUUCUCGACGACUAGCAACGAUUUUCAUCAUUGUCGUACUUUUAGAUCCUAGCCAAAUCGAAAGCGAAGGACAUCGGAGAACUCGAGAUCCCGACAACGGAGACCUCCUGACAGACAUACAACGACAGAAAGCUCGACCCAACAGAGAAGACAAGCUUAAGAACAAUGCAGUUGCCUCUCUUGAGUAUGCGCAGCAACACCACCUACAAGAACCACAUGUAAAAGGAAAAUCGGUUGUACAUGAUGCUGAGGAACCAGGCCAGGAAGUCAAAGAACACGACGCGAGUGGGAAAGAAAUUGACAGCGGUACCAAAAGAGAUCAGGAGAAUCUUGCUGAGGUAUCGGAGAGUCAUUUAGCAGACGACGAGGAAGAGGGAGAGGGUCGUUCGGGCGAUGAGAGCCAAAUUGAUGUUCGAGAAGUUCACUCGCUGGAAGAUUCGAGAUUGAAAAUUGGCAAACGUAUUGAUCAACACAAGAAUGAAGGUGAUGAGCUCGGUUACAUCACGGAUGAACACGGUAUUUAUCACGAAGGAAAUGACGAGGAAUCACGUUCCGGCGAACGAGGUCGCCAUCACAUGCACAUUAAAAAGCUGGACGUGCUCAAAGGGGCUGAGCGCUCAAGGAAACCGCAUGAUGAGCGCGUGGAGGGCCAAAUUAAAAAGAAGCUCGCGGAUGAACAGAACGAGAGUGAACAGUCUGGAAAAGAGGUUUACGUGGAAAAUGAUUUGUCAACAGACGUUGAAUUGGAGGAGGGCGAGGCAAGCUUGCUCUCCCAAGACGAGGAUGAUCCAUCUGGAGCCAGAGACCUACCAGGGGGGAAUGAUGGCGAGGAAAUACCACAAAAGAAAAACAAUGGCAAUGAAAAGGAGCAAAAUCAAGAGGAAAACUUUGGGGACUACAAGAGUGAGGAUUUUAAUUCUGAAAAAAAUAAAGUUGGUAUGAAAGGUGCUAAGGACAAGAUGAAAGGGGUACUGGAAGAAAGAAAAAAGGAUCCAGAGUCGAAAGGAAAAGAGCAGAAAGCUCACGGAAAUAACAACAAAAGAAAACAAACAAAUAUUAAUAAAGCCGAAAAAAAGGAAACUCAGCAGCUUGGUAAACCCUCGCCUGGUAAAAAAGGAAAAGUUUUAGACGAAAAAAGAAUUUCACAGAACUACCAGAAGCUCAAAGUUCAAGCAGAAAUCCAUCUCUCUCACGAGAAGAAAAACCCCUCUCCUCAUGGAAAAACCAACAAAAAGGCAAAAUCCAGACCAUCAAAUGCUUAUAGAGACCGUAAAAACCAGAAAACCAGAAACGAUGAAUCCAAAUCACAACCCGCUAGGCGACUCCUGGGUGCAGGUGACUUCUACAUUGAUGAGAGCAACGAACCCGAAAAGAAAGCGAUUCCUGUGGAAAUAGACGAGGGAAUCAAUGAUGGCCAAUAUACCGGUGGAAAGAAUCAAAAGCUGAAGAAACGCGCAGAAGAUGAAUACGGUCAAAAUUUCAGGAGGGGGAACUCCAGGCACUUGCUGCAAUUUACUAACGAAAGCGAUUUUUCAAAGCUUCUUCCAGCGCUCCCCCCCAUGGUUUGUAUUCAUCCUUUUCUCCAUCAUGGGAUAAAAGAAGACGCAAUUAUCUACCUCAGAUCUGAAUGCCGCCUGUGCCAUUGUAAGCUGGGUCAGUUGAUCUGCAACAGGAAGCCGAAUCACUGUGAUAAGCACCUCAGAAAGCAUUGCAUUAUGACGAAUGGACACCUGGCGGACGGAGAAAGGCAUUCUGAUGGCUGCAAUAACUGCAUAUGUCGUAACGGCGAGUUGCUGUGUACACGUCUUCGGUGUUUUUCCUCGGGCUACAACUAUACAAAUUACGGGAUGCUUUUCGGUGAGCAAUACAUUCCUGAGGACCCUCAAAAGGCGAGAAUGGAUGAACGGCUCGUCAGAGGCAAGGAUCCUUGUAUGGAGUGCGAUGAUGAACCUGUAGAACCUGUCUGUGGACCCAACUGGAAAACGUACCGUUCAAUGUGCCACGCCGUAAGAUGUGGUGGGUUUUCAGUGGAGGAUGUGAAAGGGGGAAAGUGCGGGGUCUUGUUCCCUUGCAACAACAUCAAGUGUGGAGAGCAUCAGAUUUGUGUUGCAGACAAUAGAGGACCGUGUCUGACGAGUACCGACCGAGAUGGAAACAUCAUCGAGUGCCCACAACAUCAAUGUGUCUCUAUCAGAGUAAACUGCAUUACAGCCCCGAAGGAAAUUAUAUGUGGUGAAAACAACAAGAUCUACAUGAACAAGUGCUCUAUGUUCACCAAUGGUAUAUCCUUGGCUUAUUACGGACAGUGUAAAUUGGAGUGUUACGUCAAUAAUGUAAAGAUGUGCGGUGUGGAUGGUGUGACAUUCAAGAGCGCCUGCCACGCUGCUGUACACGACAACUAUGUAGAUUACCCUGGACAGUGUGACGACGUGGAUCCGAAGUAUAACAUCGAUUUUAACAGUAAACUUUUCCGUGAAUAUGUAAAUCCUCGUUGUAAAACUGUUGAGGAACUCGGUAAAUGUCCUCCAGUGGCCUGUCAGAAUUAUGUCAUUCCUGAAGGGAGUUGCUGCCCCGUGUGCGGCACAUCCAUUAGCAUUCGACUAGACACCGCAGUGCGAGAUAUAGCUGUGAACGACAAAGUCCAACCACUAAAAGAUCUCAACCGGGUCGACGUCAUCUUAAUUGAGCUAAAAAAUCAGUCCGACCGGUUUGGUGGGUUUAACAAGUGUCACCUGACCGCGGAUCUCGUGGACACCCAUGACAUUUCAGUGGUGUUUGAACCAAUCAAAUCACAGGAGUAUGACGCAUGCAAGGAGGUGGCGGAUGCAAUCGUCGCUUUCAUCAAUUCUCCCGCCAAAAGUGACCUGGAGCCCGCCAAAGCGAUACUUGCAGCCGCUGUCCUGAAGGAUCACUCACCGAUAUCAUCGUUACCAAGAGCUGAGUUUAUGAUGGCGAAACGGAGGAAAAAAAGGCAUGGACAUCAUGAGCACGAGCCAUUUUACAACGCAAGUGAUUUUAAUGAAGGAAAUCGGAUUCGCGUUCAACUCAACCAUCUUCUCUUCCUGGCGUUUUCCAGUCUGUUCUGCUCAACAAAUCUAAUCCCAAAUACUAAGCUGAUUUAAUCUUGAUGUCUGAGAACACUGA